AUGUUCGCCAAGCCUAGACCCAAAAAGAGCAUAUUACCACCGCCGAGUAAAAAAAGAAAAGUCGCCGCUGCCAUCGAAGAAAUCUCGUUUGACGACGAUGCUCGCAAGGAGUACCUUACCGGCUUCCACAAGCGGAAACAGCAGAGAAUAAAGAAUGCACAAGAAGAGGCAGCCAAGAGGGCUCGUCAGGAAAAGUUGGAAACUCGGAAACAGCUGCGAGAAGACAGGCGGCGAGAAGUUGCCGAGCAUGUCGAGACGGUAAACAGACUUUUGCGCGAGUCUGGAGCGGUAUCUGCGCAGCUCGAUGACGAAGCCGGGUCUGCGGAAGAAGAGGGCGAGUGGGAUGGCUUCCCAGAUAAGCCUGACCUUGAUAUUGUCGAUCAUGAGGAGGAGUACAUAGAUGAGGAUAGGUAUACUACGGUCAAGGUGGAGUCGGUAUCAGUCUCCCGAGAUGGAUUCAGUAAGCCGAAUCAAUCCGAUGAUGAGGCUGAGGAAGAAGCCCGCCGGAAACGAGAGGAAGCGGAAAAGAAUGAAGCCGAGGCCAAGCACAACAAACCCUCAUGGCAGAAAAAGAAGAAGAAGAAAUUUCGAUAUGAAUCCAAGAUCGAACGACAGUUAACGGAGAGGAAACAAAAAGCGAAAAGUAGACCACGCAAGGACUAA